AUGAGCCAAGUGUCCGAUGAUGAAAGGCUGCCUUCGGCGCCUGGUCAACGAGCCUGCGAUGAAUGCAGACACAGGAAGAUUCGGUGCGACCGCAAGCGACCAUGUACACAUUGUCGGGCUGCCAGCCUUUCAUGCAGGACUACUGUAACUCGGCCCGAGCAAAAGUCUAGGGUAAUGGUCUCAAAGCAGUAUGAGAACAAAAUUGAUCGAAUGGAAAGUCAACUAGCCAGCAUCGAACAGCUUUUGCGUAACCUUUCCAAGCAGCCUUCUGCAACAAUAGCCACAACAACAACAACAACACAGACAUUAGAAUCACCCCACGGAGGCAGCCAGAUCAGUGACCAUCUACGCAACUUGACACACAAUGUUGGUACCGGACCACACGCCGACUUUGGUGCAGCCAAAGAGCUCUUCGAGAAAACUGUGGGCAGCAGCGCAAAGGUACAACAAAGCGUUGCCGAAGCGCUCCAGGCGCUGCAAGGCAUAGUCGGACGCUUGGAUGCCGAUGCUGAAAUGAGCUACACGACCGUGCUGCCCAAGAUUCCGAUCGAUGUGGUCCCUCCACCUUGGCCCCAGGUUGCGCCCAUCUUGCAAAAAGCUGGUGAACCUGGAGCGGGUGUUGCGAAUUGGGCCUUCCCAUUUGCGAGCAUCUCGGAUUUUACGCAGAAGAGUCGCAGAUUGUAUGAGCAACAUCACAACGACAUACCUUCACGCCGGCUGUCGGUGUAUGCUGGUCUAUUCGGGUUGUGUUGCGAAUUCAGUGCGCUCGAAUCUGGAUCGGAAGAUAGACUGGAGCACGCCAAGUACUACUAUGAUUUAUCGCAGGUCUUCGAGCCAUUGGUACUGCGCACGGCAACAGAGUUGCCCAUGGUCCUUCCGCCUUCGAAAGAGAGUGUAGAGGCACUCGUGUCUGGCUCGAUAGUCUUGGUCAACAUGUGUAAACCAAGCCUCGCGAGUACCCUUGCCUCYGCCGCUAUAGGGAUGUGUCAAACGCUUGGGUAUCACCGCUUAUCUUCCAUGAUAGACGAUCCCGAGGAGAUGAAGACUAGCAAGAUGCUGCUUUUCUGGUUUUCAUAUACGCAGGAUAGAUCGCUCUCGUUGAGGCUAGGGCGCGCGCCGUGCUUCAAAGACUYGUAUAUCUCUUUGCCAAAACCGACGUCUUCCACGCUGAUCCCUCAGCUCUUGCUUCCUUUACUUGACUUCUGGAUUGACUCGGCCGUGGUGCAAGGCGAGAUUUGCGAACGCCUUUACAGUCCCGCUGCCGCUACGCAACCAAUCGAACAACGCAGCCAAGCCGCACAAGAGCUGGCAGACAAUAUGCAAAUUCUAUGGAAUACAAGACACAAGAGCGACGCGGCAGUUCUGCGGUAUUUCAAGKAACAUUCCGGCAGCAUUGCUCGCUUGAUGAGUAUUGGAGAUGAGGUGAGUUACCUUGGGACCAUGGCGUUGGUGCUGCACGCUUCGGCCCCCACAUCGGAUUCACCCUCACUCCACUACGCAAGGAAGUUCCUCGAAGCUAUACGGGACACUGCGAACACCCACUGCAAGAACGCUUAUAAUUGGAUGGUCUAUUGCCAUUGGGUUUUGCUGAACUGCCCUCUCACUCCCUUUACCAUCAUGUUCUGUGAAGUGAUCACUCACUACCAGAACUCACAAGCCGAUCUCCAGCUCAUGAGAAGCUACGUCGCAUCUCUACAUCCCGCGUGCCAGCUAUCCAGUGGAGUCCAGAAGCUGUACGAUCUGUGCUCCGUCUUCCUUCGCGUUGCCGAAGCCUAUACUGCGUCGAAGCUUGCAGAGGAGUCGAGUCAACCUGGACCUUCCGAGGAUAACGUCUUGGUAACGGGCGAAUUCGACGAGUAUCUUGCAUCGCUUGGCUUGGCGCCGUUCCCUCAGAUGAACAAUGUGAGCAAUGAACCGGACAUGUCGGCUUACUUGCAAGAUUGGUACACGGGCAAUGCUUCCUUGUACGGAAUGCUUGAUAUGGGUAUUCCGGGGAUGGAUAUGUCGGGAAUGGAAGGAGCUGCUGGGAUGUAUCAGUAG